AUGCAAGUCUGGUCACAGGAUACAGGUGAUGCAAUGCUGCAGCUUGAUGAGAAGCCUGAUGUGCUGAUACAGAGGAAUGAUGAGGAAGGAUCAAACUUCAACAUAGAUUUUGAAGGAAAAAUUUAUUACAUAGAUGAAAAAAGUAGAAUUGUGGAUGGAAGGAAUAAGAGAAUUGUUGGCGUCUCCAUGGACCUCAGGGAUGGGCAACAGAAGGUCCUUGCAGUGCUCGGAUCGGUUGAAUGGGUCUUGAUACACCAUUCCAGUGAUGAAUGGCAAAUGAUUCCAGCAGAAAACUUGAUUGCUGCCACUCGAUCAACAGGUACUAAAUUGGCGUUUCUGGUACAAAAGCCAUCCGAUGUCGGUGGUUUGGCACACGCCCUUGAGCUGGGUGUUGAUGCCCUAUGCGUCAAUGGUACAACUGCCUCGCACCACUUGUGGGAAGCUAUCUUUCAAGCACGGACUGAAAAGCAGGAUUCACUGAAGAAGAGGAAACAGACAGUCCCCAUUAAACCCUCGAUUGUUACCGGCACAGGUUCGAGACUCGACACAAAAGAACCAGUCCUUGCUGAUCGUGUCUGUGUUGACCUUGUUCAGAUGCUUUCUCCAGACGAAGGUUGUUGGAUUGGAUCCUUUGCUAAACUUAUGGCACUUAUCUUGUCGGAAGCUGAAACUUCGACCUAUGUUCCCACCCGGCCGUUUCGUAUCAAUGCUGGACCAGUGCAUAGUUACAUUUGCAUGGCUGACAACUCUACAAAGUACUUGUGCGAAUUACAAGCAGGGGAUAAAGUUCUCGUUUUCAACUCUGUCGCAGGAACCAGUAGAGGAGUGGCCGUGGGAAGACUAAAGCAGGAAGUUCGACCGUGUGUCCUCAUUCGACUCGAAACACCUGCCAAUCAGCAGGGUCAAAUAUUCCUCCAACAAGCUGAGACUGUCCGAUUGGGUCACGAGCGAGGGAAGUUUCUACGUGCAUCGGACCUAGAUCACGAAGCUAUAGACAAUAAUAAACCUAUUCUACUGCGAACACUGGCGGCUGGAACCCACAUUGGAAUCGCAUUUGAAGGGUCAGUAGAAGAAAGGUGA